UGGUACAUUGGUAGAUAGCCAGCUAGUAGCUAUGCUAUUACAAUCCUGUUUAUCCCCCCUUUGUUGUGAUUGUCAGCUUGCGGCAGAAACAGCACUCAGAAGGCCCGUAGCUUCACACGAGCAGCUAUAUCAGACUCAGGAAGGUCGGCGGUUUGCUUUAUAGCUUAUGCUGACGUGAACCAAGCAGUUUCUUUUUAGCGUAGUAGUGCAAGCGUACGCGGUAGCGCCGUAAUCUCGAGGUGUUGCAGAGCAAUGGGAUCACGCGAAGGCCUCUUGUUGAGACCAUACCGUCACUAGGUGCCACUAGUGGAAGGCUGGGAGAGCUGCUGCCUGGCGCUGAAUUUACAUCUCGGCUAAUGCGCCAGUAUUUGGUACAGUAAUUGCUGUGAAAAGUUAGCGUACGGGCUGUGUAUUGAAUGUGCUGAUUCGGGCAGACCCUGUGCUCCACCAUGCCGCGUUGUGUACAGGAAGAUCUGCGCUAGUGGAAGCCUUUAGGUAGAGCCAACUGGAGAGUAAAAUACCAUAUAUAUGUAUGAGGAAAUGCAAAGAGGGGCGAAUAUGAAUGGUGCACUGCGACGCGUGAGAUGUGCCACAAUUUCGGGACUUCAUGAAAUCUGAGACCAAAACUCUGCUGCCUCUGGACUUUCCCAAAAGGUGUAAAAAAGUGCUUUAAAAAGUAGUGCCAUGGAGCAGAAUGGACAUAAAAGGACUGAACACACUCCACGUCCGGACAGAAAGCGGCGAGAUUCCUUUGGAAUGUUUGAUGGAUAUGACAGCUGUAGUGAGGACUCCAGCAGCAGCUCCAGCACGGAGGAUAGUGACGAUGAGCAGACCAACAUUCGCGCUGGCCUCUCCAUUAUCAAAAACAAUGGCCAAGUGUAUACCUACCCUGAUGGAAAAGCUGGAAUGGCUACAUGUGAGAUGUGUGGCAUGGUGGGAGUAAGAGAUGCUUUUUACUCGAAGACAAAGAGAUUUUGCAGCGUUUCUUGCUCCCGGAGUUACUCAUCAAAUUCUAAGAAAGCCAGUAUUCUGGCCAGACUCCAGGGGAAACCACCAACAAAAAAGGCAAAAGUCUUACAGAAACAACCUCUUAUGGCAAAACUGGCCGCCUAUGCUCAGUACCAAGCAAACCAACAAAACCAAGCCAAAUCAAAAACUGUGGUUCCCGUUGAGGGCUUUGACUGGGGCCAUUACAUCAGCAGCAAUAACUUGGUUGGAGCACCAGUUAGCUGUUUCAAGCAUGUCCCCCUGGCAGCCUCCUGGGGUGACGUUACUGAGUCGGUGCGACUAGAAGUUCCCAAUACCGACACUGACGUUCCCACAGAAAUAUACUGGAUAGCAUCAGUCAUCAAACUGGCAGGUUUCAAGGCACUCCUUCGGUAUGAGGGCUUCGAUGACGACAACAGCCGUGAUUUCUGGUGUAACCUGUGUGUCCCUGAAAUCCACCCUGUCGGCUGGUGUGCAUCCACCGGCAAACCCCUCGUUCCUCCCAAAUCCAUUCAGCAUAAAAGCACCAACUGGAAAGCAUUCCUAGUGACGCGCCUUACAGGAGCAAAAACGCUUCCACCUGACUUUUCCUCCAAGGUGCAAGAGAGUAUGCAGUACCCCUUCAAAAAACUGAUGCGGGUCGAGGUGGUGGACAAGACCCAUCUCUGCCGGACGCGGGUAGCUCUGGUGGAGCAGGUGAUUGGUGGCCGGCUGCGACUGGUGUAUGAGGAGAGCGAAGAUGGCACUGAUGACUUCUGGUGUCACAUGUAUAGCCCACUCAUCCACUCCAUUGGCUGGUCCCGCAGCAUUGGUCACCGUUUCAAGAGAUCUGAUGUAUCAAAGAAACUUGAAGGUCAGGCAGAUGCUCCCGCGCAGCUAUUUUUGAAGGUGAAGGACGUCGAUCAGAGUGGGGAUUGGUUUAAAGACGGCAUGAAACUGGAGGCCAUCGACCCACUAAAUCUCUCUGCUAUAUGUGUAGCUACUGUAAGAAAGGUUUUGGCAGAUGGGUACCUCAUGAUCGGGAUCGACGGCUCGGAAGCUGCGGAUGGCUCGGACUGGUUCUGCUACCAUUCCACAUCGCCCUCCAUUUUCCCUGCUGGUUUCUGUGAAAUUAAUGACAUUGAGCUCACCCCACCUCGAGGUUAUAAUAAACUCCCAUUCAAAUGGUUUGACUACCUCAGGGAGACGGGUUCCAUAGCAGCUCCAGUGAAGCUCUUUAACAAGGAAGUUCCAAACCACGGGUUCCGCACAGGGAUGAAGCUGGAAGCUGUGGACCUGAUGGAACCACGGUUGGUGUGUGUUGCCACGGUGACACGCAUCGUGCACAGACUGCUGCGCAUUCAUUUCGAUGGCUGGGAGGACGAGUAUGAUCAGUGGGUGGACUGUGAGUCGCCGGACCUCUACCCCGUGGGCUGGUGUCAGCUGACGGGAUAUCAACUGCAGCCCCCAGCCGCACAGACCACAAGAGAGGUGCCCACGAACGUGACGAAGCAGAAGAAGAAGACUCAGCAGUACAAAGGACAAAAGAAAAAGAGGAAGAUUCCAGUUGGGAAGAGGCCGAUCAGUUUGUCAAGCGUGCCUCUGACAGGCACGAUGCGGAGGAGCUUCUCGGGUGAUGAAGAGCUGACUCCACCCCUUUACCCGUCCCAUCCCGCACAGGCUGCGGCCCCGGGCCCCACUCAACCCCCCACCACUAGUGGGGAGCUGAAUCCCAGCCUCAAAUCAGGGGCUUCACUGCAGCUGAAGGAGGAGACCGCAGAGCUGGAUGAGCACAGCUUUUCACAAGGCAUCUCAGACCAGGAGAGCAACGGUCCUGGCAGCUACUAUGUCAAACAGGAGCCGUGAGACAGCUGAUGGGGACUUUUGACAAAAGCGAAAGCCUUAAACACUGUCUGACCUGACCAGCACUUGGAAAUCAGUUCGGGGGUGGAUGGGUAGGUGCACAGCGGUUUUGACGAGCAGCAGGACUCCAAAUCAUAAGCAAUUGUUUAUUGGGUAAGAAAAGACACAAGAAUACAGCAAAUUUAGAAGAGAAGGUAAUAUUUUACAAGAUUAUUAUUUUCCUUUAGCUUUGUUUUAACAAUUUGCCAGAUGGACUUUCAAUGUUCAUUGUACUUGAAGUUUUCAAAGAUGUUUUUUUGUAAGAUUUUUUCGAAAUUGAACUGUUGUGUGUGAUUUGUUUUGGUCACUUUGGGAAGGGGGUAGUAAUGUGAGAAUUUUUAAGUUUAAGGUGGAAAGAUCUAAGUAUAUAUACAUUUUUUGUGAUCUGAAAAGAGUGGGUUUGAAUACAUGUAACUCAUAAACCUUACUGGUAUGAACACAUUCAGAUUCAAUGGAUAACACUGUCAUAAGAUUGCACUGCAGGAAUGUACAUUUCUAUUCACCCGUUGCAGUCACCUUUGCCACAGAUGUGCAGCUUUAUUAUAUAAGUAACAAAUCAAUCAUCAAUCAUAUUUUUAAUAUUUAACAAACUCUGUGAGAAUUGUAAAGAAACAAGAUAUGUCACCAUUGACAGAUAUGCAAACUUUUAUUUUAAGUUGCGUUUUUCUUUUUAGACUAAGAGAUGUCUGUAAAAUAUUUCGCCAGUUACCUAAAAUUCCAUAUUUUAGAGCCAUAUUGUUGCAGAAGGGUGAAGUAUUCAGCUGAGCCUCAGAAUAAAUUAAUUUUUUUUCAUACUAAUAUUGAUUGUCACCGUUUACAUCAGCAAAAUUUUAAAAAUAAAAACAUUACAUAAUUUUAAAAAAUAUUUCAAGUGGAGAAUGUGGCAUAAAAGCUGUGCAUAGGACCCCUGUAGGUGUGAGCAUUAAACAUAACUAGUUCUUGUUUGGGGAACAAAGAUUAUUGAAUAACCAGUUAAACAACUAUUGUUAAAGUACAUUAUCUUAAGAAACAAGCUAGGUUCACUCUAAAUCUUUAUGUGUUUGGUGUGUGCAUGGUUAAUUCCUUUCCCCCCCCUCUCUGUUGUCUUAAAACCAUGAGCUACCAUGAAACCAAUGACUUUCAUCACAAAUUUGAUUCCAUCACAGAAAUCUUUGUACUACCUCAUUAAGAACCUGGCAGUGGCACACUUGACCUGUUCACUAUCCAUGAGGUAGUGAGACUCUGGGAAAUAAAAUGUGAGUUUAUUUUUCUGUCAUUUCCUUUAUUUUUCCUCCUCCCCGCCCCCCCCAUCUUAAAUUUCCCCUCCAAUUGGUUAGAUGAACUUACGCUUGUUGCAUCAUCGAUCCAGUGGAUCGAUGUGUAAAAUGCCACUGCAGAAACUGUGCAGAAUCAGUGUACCUUAUGCAAAGGAAAAAUGUGGAACCUGUUCAUCAGGUAUUAACUGUAUAUUCCAUCUUGGUGCAAAGCAGGGGUGCACAGUCCUGGAGUUCUGGAAGCUUCUAGUUGAACUUCAUUACUCAUCUUUGUUCUUCAAAUACAAUACACUUCCUGCCGCAUCGCAGCGUGCCAGGACUGGAUUAACACACCCCUGAUCAAAGGCUUCAUAUGGCAUACAUACAUUAAUAUACUAAUAUUUUACAUAUAUCUUAACAUUGGAGACAUUUAUUUAAAUGAAGAUUUAAUAUGCAAUUAUAAUUUUGAAAUAAAACUGGCGCUUUCAUAUAUUUGAAGAUUUAAGAAAUAAACCUAUUAAAGAUUAUAUACAAAUGUCUACAUACAAACGUGCAUAAAAUUUUAAUUACAUGUAAAUCUAUUGCAUAAAUGUGACAAUUUCUGUUACAAUGUAUUUGGAUCAGCUGUGAUCUUUUUCCAUAGCAUGCAUAGUUAAUAUAUUUGUUAGUGUGUAUAGCAACAUUUUAUAUUGAUGUAUAUAUAAAAUGUAUACUCACUAAUCAAAUAUAAUUUCUCUACCUGAUGCAGGUGUAAAUAUUAUAUAACUGUAUACACUAUAGACUCCCUUCAUGUACCAGUAAGGUUGAUAAUUAAUUCUCAGGAAACAUUUGCAUCUUGUUUUAUAGGCUUGCUGUAGCUUGUUGGGUCAAGGCUAAUUGCUUUCCAGGUGGUCAGUAUUGGGGAUAUACAGGAAAUCUAAAGUAAACAACAAAACUAAUAUUUUUUUUUUCUUCUUAAUUCUUUAAUGACAUGGAUGACAUUGAUGUGCAUAAUAUUUAAUAGUAUUAGGCUUUUAUGGUCACUUGGUCAUGCGGUCUAAAAAAGUAUUUCAUUUUCACUGAGUAAAAUUCCCUGUUGCAUAUUAUCAGAUAUAAAUCGGAGACAAUUAUUUGUAAUUGUGUUCUUGCAAAUGUUAAACAUUCUCCUAAGUCUUUUAUUUUUUCCCCCCACAGAAAAAAAAUGUAGGUGUUGGGGGGGGGGGGGGGCGGGUACAGAUUGCAAAACAAGGUGUAUCAUUAAGAAUUUAAAUUCUUUUUUUGGUUGAAUGAUUGCUUUUCUUGGUGGGUUAUUUUACACAGUGGGGAUGCUGUGACUUAUGUGUGUGCAAUGCCUUUCCUUUAAAUAUUAGGAGGCAUGAAAUUUCAAACGGCAGCCACACGGCUACCUUAUGAAGAGGCUCCUUGUUUGUUUUCAAUUAGGUGUUCUGAGGGGGUGGUGGAUGCAUUUGGUAUAACAUUCAUACUGAAUAUGCAGUUCAUGUGUUGGCUGGAAGAAGCAGAAGUUUGCUUAGUUUGUUAAAGUGUGUCCAGCAAAGCAAUAAAGCAUUCUGUUGUAUUCCACCAAAAUUUGAUUUCAAGUGCAUAGGCUUUAUUUUUUAAUUUGGGAUCACAUGAGUUAUUGAAAUAAAAGAAAUGCUUUAGUUUGACUGGCAUCAAGGUGUUUGAGAUCUUUGCCAUUGGUCCACUGAGUAAUAAUUCUGAGAUCCAGUGGUGCUUAAUGCACUGAUGGUGAAACAUGUUCAGAUAAAAAAAAUAAACUUUUCUUUUCUAGCUUGAGACAAUGCAUUCGAGACCAAACGUUGGCAUUAUGUUUGUUUGUACUUUUAAGACAUGACUGUUUCACAACAAAUUUAGCUGCUACCCUCUCCUAUAAUAUGACGUAGGUGCCAUUAUUCUACAUGAAUGACAAUGUUGUAAGUCAAUAACAAUAAAAUACACAGGUGUACAACCUACAGUGUACAAAAUUUCCUGUAAAUGAGAUGGAGGCCUUACCUGUUUUGUUAUACUUGUUUUCUUGAUAGCAAAAAAGAGUGAAAGAAAAUUGUAACAUGUUUCAUGAACCAAAUAUCAGUGCAUGCAGCAUUGUGAACAUCUUGUCGAGGCCCACGGUGCAGACCUGACCUCCUUUACUUUUUGUGCUAUGGUCUAAAGUUAUGUGCAACUUCCUAGUUUCUUUGGAUACUAACACGGGUCUCUUUUUUAUGUGAAUCCCCCUUUUCCUCAGUCUUUGUAUUAUGGUGCUAUAUAUUUGAUAAACUGUUAAUCCUUUUAAUGGGGAAUGAUUUUGAGAAAAUGUACUUCUGGUUGGAUUUGAGUUGUCUUCUGUAUUGUAUUUUGGAUACAAAUGUAAAGAAUUUGUAGAGAAAAUAUUAACUUUUCCCCUCAUGGUACAUCUGGGGGUUCAGUAAGGUAUGGGAUUUGUACACCUUUUUCAUCUAAGUUUUGAUAGUGUCUGUACAUGUUCUUUCCUUUCAUUGUCAUGGUUAUUUGUGCCGUGAACCAGAGGUUUAAUAACCUUUCUAUUGAAUUUGUAAAUAAUUAAAGCGUGAACUGUUAUUUUACAAAUCUUGCAGACGUUUCCAGCAUGGAUGUGAAAAAAAAAAAGCAUUAAUUCACUGAAGACCUUUUUACACUGAAUAAAAAAAAUAUAUAAAUGUA